UACAGUGUCUACAGCUCCCCCUCCACUGGAGACCUGCUGGUCGGGAUAAGUAAUACUGAUACAAAGACAAGCCAGGUAAAGCGUUAUAAUAACACAGGACAACACAUACAGACCAUACAGCACAACAACAAAGGUCAGAGACUGUAUAUAUCACCUAGAUACAUCACAGAGAACCGCAAUGGAGAUGUUAUUGUGUCUGACUAUCUCCGUGAUGUAGUGGUGACAGACAGAAGAGGAAGACAUCGCUUCUCCUACACAGGUCACCCAUCAGGAUCAGGACUACGACCAUGUGGAAUCUGUACUGACGCGCUGUCACACAUCCUGGUCUGUGAUGUUUACACCCGCUCAGUACAUAUCAUUGACCAGGACGGUCUCUUUCUGACACAGAUAGAGACCAAACAUCACGGGAUAGGUGUACCAUACGGCCUGAGUUAUGAUUGUGAUACACAGCUUCUCUGGGUUGGAUCACGGGACAACAACACAGUAAACAUUUACAGACUUAUCAAUGAAGGGGACGAUCUGACUGAUAAAGUGGAUGAGUUAAAAACGUUCUUGAGAAAGGAGAAGACAACCGUGUCCCAUGCCAGAGGAAUACUUGUUGGAUGUGCUGAGGCUGGAAAAACAACGCUACUGAAAAGAUUAAGAGGGCAAAGUCAGAAUGUUGGUGAAGUUAUAGAGUCCACCAGGGGGCUGGAAGUCCAUCAACAUCUUUUCAUUGUUAAGGACAGAAAGUUACUAAG